CAUAGAUUGAAAAAGGAAUUAUUUUGCUGUUUGGAUUAUUUUCACGGAAAGAUCCUGAAGGCUUGAUCGAUCACUGUCUGCUGGUAURUAAAAUGCUUGAUCGAGCGCCAACCGGAAGUCGUGAUGUCGACUCCACGUAUUUGUACCCACUAACCUUUGCGACCCUGAAGUGUUUAUGAAAACAUCCAAGAUGGCUGUAGAAAGUUUACGCGAGAGAAAGAAGAUUGCUUGGAGAGAACAGUUUUUAGCCAACUUAGAAGACAAGGACAACUGCAAACUAAUAAAGCAAAUCCUAAAGAAAGAUCCCUCGGACAGGUCGGAGAAAGACAGAAGCAUUCUAAAGGAACUAGAGAGUCUCGUUAUGCAAGUUGAAGAUCGCGCCCGGAAGCAAGCCAAAGCAAAGAGAAAAGUUGAAGAGAUAUUAGACCCUGUAGGRGUCUUAGAAGACAAGGUAAACGUUUUAGUGGAAGCCGUCCGCCAAGCGAAAUCCUUGGUCGUUUACACCGGCGCGGGAAUUAGUACCGCUGCUCGAAUUCCAGACUAUAGGGGGCCAAACGGGAUUUGGACGCGCUUGUCAAAAGGGGAGAAGUUAGGGUCUUAUAAUUUGUGUGAUGCAGAGCCAACACUGUCCCACAUGAGUUUAACAAAACUAUACAACGGAGGAUACAUUCARCAUCUWGUAUCUCAAAAUUGUGAUGGACUCCACAUACGAAGUGGUUUACCGAGUUCUGCAAUAUCUGAAGUUCAUGGAAACAUGUUUACAGAGGUUUGCACGGAAUGCGAAGAUGAGAGACUUUACUUUAGACUGUUUGAUGUAACAGAAAAGACUUCUCUCAGACGGCAUCAGACAGGYCGUAACUGUUAUGAGUGCGGYUCACCAUUAAGGGACACAAUAGUACAUUUUGGUGAGAAGGGUUGUCUAGAGCAGCCUCUGAACUGGCAAGCUGCCAUUGAUGAAGCUAAAAAAAGUGAUUGUAUUCUAUGUCUGGGAUCAAGUUUAAAGGUCUUGAAAAGAUACCAUGCAUUGUGGGGAAUGAAUAGAGUUAAAAAUGAUCCUCUUUUUACACUGGCAACUCCAUUAAGAAACCAUGAACUCUCCUCUUAUACAACCCAAUGCUUAACACCUUAUUCAGACGUAUCAAAUACAGACUCACAAAUCGACACAUCCUCCAUAAUUAAGUCAGAAAACUCUGAGAAUGAUAAUGGUGAAGCCAAAACUGAACUUACAGAUACAGAAAGUACAAAUGCAGACGAGAAACCAUGUCCUGGCUGGUAUGGUAAAGGAUAUGCAAAAACAAAAAGACCAUCCAAAAGAAGAAAAGUUCGAUAGCAUUUGUUGUUCAGCUAUGUUCCAAUUUUGUCYUUGGGAACCUAGGUGUAAUCUUUGUUCACUCUUCCAUCACUCCUAGAAUAAUAAUACUGAUAAUAGUCUUCACGGUUACCUGCGCCAUCUUGAAAGGUAGCCGUGCCUUGGCAUUGAAGCGAGACGACUGUUGAGCGUGCAAUGAUAGAAGCCUUAUUUCACCACCUUACAGACAAUUAUUCACAGGUAUCUAUCAUUACACGCUCAACAGUCAUCUCUCUUCCAUGUUAAGGCACAGCUGCCUUUCAAGAUGACGCAGGUAACCAUGGAGACUAUUAUUCAGAUUAUACAUAGGUUUCUGAGGAUGUAUUCUAAUCAAUGUAUCAAUUUAAUUUCCAAAAAAAAUAUAUGCCUAAUAUAUAUUUGAAUUGAUUGUUCGUGAACAUAGGUGGGCAUUGCAUGUCAUUUUGCGUCAUUUGCUCUCUAYCACAUUUUGAGCCACAUAACAAUAACCCAAGAAUUUUCAUGUUAUCAAAAUAUAUUAAGGUGACUAGAACAUAAUAAUAUGUCAUUCCAAAAAAUUCAAGCAAUUCACACUUGAUUAUGUUGGAAUCACCUUAAAUCAACAUAUAUGUUGCAAUAUCAGAGUGACUGUACUAA